AUGGCCUCCCAGGCGGUCAAGAAAGCUAUCACCGAAGCGGCGUUGCAGUACACAAAGCCCGAGGGCAAGGUCUUUGAAUAUGGCACCGCAGGGUUUCGCAUGAAAGCCUCUCUGACCGAGCUAUACAGCGACCUUCUCAACACGGUGGUUUUCGCCGUCGGCUUGCUUGCCAGUUUGCGUUCCAAGAAACUCAGCGGACAAUGGAUUGGUGUGAUGAUCACAGCCAGCCACAAUCCCGCGGAGGACAACGGUGUCAAGCUGGUUGACCCCAUGGCCGAAUGGGAGGCUUACGCAACAAAAUUGGCAAACGCCCCGUUGGAUAAGAUUGCCGAUGUCUACGACGAGCUGGUCAAGGAGAUUGAUGUCAAGGUCACCAACCCGGCCCGUGUUGUCUUUGCCCGGGACACACGUGCUUCCGGCUCUCGCCUGGCUGGCGUCCUCAACGCCGCUCUGACCGCGACGGAUGUUGAGUUUGUGGAUUUCAAGUUCAUGACUACCCCACAGCUUCACUAUGUUGUUCGCUGCAAGAACACCCUUGGCACUCAAUACGAGUAUGGCGAGCCCACCGAACUCGGAUACUACGAGAAGCUGGCAAACUCCUUCAAGAAGGUGAUGCGUGGCGUCAAGGUCCAGGGCUCCUUGACUGUUGACUGUGCCAACGGUGUGGGUGGCCCCAAGCUGCGGGAACUCAUGAAGUCCCUUACUGGAAUUGACAUCAAGGUUGUGAACGACGACGUGAUCAACCCGGAUGCCUUGAACUUUGACUGCGGUGCCGACUAUGUGAAGACCAAGCAACGUGCUCCUCCUUCGUCCAAGGCUGGCGCCCUGGACCGCUGUGCGUCGCUCGACGGUGAUGCCGAUCGUCUGGUCUACUACUUCCAGGACGAGAGCAACGUCUUCCGUCUCCUUGACGGAGACCGCAUCGCUACCCUCGCCGCCUCUUUCAUCGGCGACCUUGCCCGCAACGCCGGCAUUGCCUCCAAGCUUAAGAUCGGUGUCGUUCAGACCGCCUACGCCAACGGGUCCAGCACAGACUACAUUGAGAAGGUCCUCAAGCUCCCUAUCAUCUGCACCAACACCGGUGUGAAGCAUCUCCACCACGCAGCCCUGCGCUUCGAUGUCGGUGUGUACUUCGAGGCCAACGGCCAUGGUACCGUCACUUUCUCCGAAAACGCCCUGAAGGUCAUCAAGAACACCGAGCCUCAAUCUCCCGCACAGCAGCACGCUCUUGAAAGCCUCCAGGCUCUCACCGACUUGAUUAACCAGGCCGUUGGUGAUGCCUUGUCCGACAUGCUUCUUGUCGAGGCUAUCCUUGCCCACAAGGGCUGGUCCCCCAAGGAGUGGCUGGGAACCUACACCGACCUGCCUUCCCGUCUUGUGCGUGUCGAGGUCAACGACCGCUCUAUUUUCAAGGCCUACGAUGCCGAGCGCAAGCUCGAGUCCCCGGCCGGUCUGCAGGGUACCAUUGAGUCUCUCCAGUCCCGCUACAACAAGGGCCGUAGCUUUGCCCGUGCCAGUGGCACUGAGGAUGCCGUUCGCGUCUACGCGGAGGCUGCUAGCCGCUCUGAGGCGGAUGACCUGGCCACCCGCGUUGCUAACGCCGUCAGUGAGGCUGGCAGUGCUUAA